UUGUAUCCAGGUCAUAUUAAAACAACCCUUCUGCAGAAAACUUUGUUAGCUGUUGGUUCAGGAGUAGCUGCUAUAUUAGACCCUUCCAGAGAUGAUAUGGUGAGUGCGUUUGGAGAAACAACAGGAUAUCUGGCGUUAAAAACAUUACAGUCAAAGAUGUUGGCAGAUCCAGUAGGAAGACAGAUCCUAGAAGAAAGACCAGUGAUAAAUUCUAAAACUAUAGAUAUAGACUAUCUCAGUCAACUACCAGAUAAUACAUUCGGCAAACAGUACUGGAAGUUCUUAACUAAAAAUGGUUUUUCCCCAGAUGCUCGACGUCCAGUUCAAUUUAUAGAUGAUGAUGAUCUUCAAUAUGUCAUGUUACGAUAUCGACAAACUCAUGAUUUAUAUCACACGCUGCUAGGCAUGCCCCCUCAUAUGCUAGGGGAGGUAAUAGUUAAAAUGGUGGAAAUGUUUCAAACAGGUUUACCGAUGUGUACUUUAGCAGCUUUGUUUGGUCCUGUUAGACUAGGCACUGUACACAGAGAAAAAUAUUUUAAAACAUUCCUGCCGUGGGCGGUUAAAACAGGACGAAACACCAAGUUUCUGAUGGCGGUGUACUUUGAGAAACAUUGGGAAGAUGAUUUACAGGAACUCCGUAGAAGUCUGAACAUUACUGAUCCACCAGCGGGCAUUGGACGAAAGAUGAAACAACAAAUUCCCAUUGAAAAAGAGACUUGA